AUGUCCUCCGAGGGUACAGAAGAUUACUUCGAUAUUCCAGAGGAUCGCGAGCUCAGAAGCGGCGAAUUUAAACCAGUUUGGACCAGUGCUGAGGCUCAUUUGAGACCCCAAAACCAAGACCAAGUCGAAUUUUUGGCUACAAACUCUAGGUUUUCUCAAGCUAACCCUAGGGAUAAAGUCUCUUCGAAAUUGUCGAAGGCGAUGGAGCAAGCAAGCGCAAACGCGCACAUGGACGAUGUGCAAUCCGAGCUGCCCCACAAUGGUCAUAGGUAUGCAACAUUCCAGAUCAGUGGCGAGAGUUGACGGUAGCUUUAGGUUUAUAAGUUUAUCAUUGCCUCGAAUACGCAAAAUGUCCGCUCCAACUUGUCUUUUUGUUGCUGUGUUUGGCGUUUUUGGUCUGGUUUUCUGAUCGAAUUCGAUAGCAGUUGCAUAGACGGGUUCACGCUCAUAGUUGCUUCAUGGGUAAUCAGGGCAGGAUGGCGGGAAAUGCAGAGAUCUGUAUUAGAAUUUAAAGCCAGCUAAUUCUUGUUGAAUACAUAUAUUUGCCACUUUCUCUUUGAAAAGUGUAACUUAUGAAUUCAAAGAAACAAUAAGCUGAAUCUGGAAUGCAUAGUAGUCCAAGAUCAGUUUUUAGAAAGCCUCAAUGAAAUCAAGGUUUUCUAAAAACUGAUCAUGAACACAUACUUCUUUGUGCUCCUGAGUUAGUGAACCUGUUUAGUGGAGAAAUUGAGUUGUACUUGGGUAAAGAGCAGCAAGCAAUAGCAUGAAAAAUCCGUCAGAACUAGUGCUAGGAUUUCACCAUAGCACCAUAUACAAGCAGCAGUCUGAUACUUUUUCACACAAACAAUUUAUCUGAAUACAGUUGAAACGUGCGUGCAGAAUGAAUGUAUAGGGCUGUGUGGAAAUCUUACCCAAACAAGGGAAUCAACAGCAGAACUUUUUCAUGCCUGCAUUUUGGGUCUGUGUGGCAAUUGCACUACUGAUGUCAUCAUAUCCCUGGCAUUUCUACCCCUAGGGUGGGGAGGGAAACUUCCCUAUAUAAGCUUUUUACUUGCCGCCUAAAAGGGUUUAGUUUUUCAGCUAUUUUGGUCUCGAAGUGGGCAUACAUUAAUUUUAGGUCCUGCUCAUUAUUAGAGUUGCAAAUAAUAGUAAGUUGGUCAUCAGACAAUUUAAAAUCUAAAAUAUGAUUUAUUGAAAAAUCUAUUUUCUAGUUGAGGGCAAAAGUUAGGCACCAGGGGCCUCUGGGCUCUGCUGGAGCACAGCCCUGUAGUUGGUCAUCAGACAAUUUACAACUAAAAUAUUUAUUGACUAUUUGUUGCGGGCUUCUCUUGUUGCCUGGAAUCCUAAUCUCCAGGCACCAGUUGUUCUAAAGGUGGAUAGUGCUAUCCGAUGGAUAAAUCUCUAUCCAGGGGAUAGUGCAAUAUUGGUUUUCGCUUGGCAGAGCGGCACUUAUCCAGUUGAGCUAACCAGGCAAAGGUUGAAUAUGUUUAAUAUGCCUAAUGUCUGACAAAUUCCUGAAGGGGAAGCACUAAUUCAAGCAUUUUAACACAUAAUUAAACUAGGAGAGUUGUAUUAUGUCUUACUUUGAGUGUAUUUAAGCUACAUUUUGGUUUUGUCUUACUGAAGAGAAGUACUGUGACCUUUGCUGCAUUUCUAAUCAGUACUGCCAAGCUGGCAAGAGUACCAAUACUUUCUGUGUGUAUUGUCCUGAAUUUCUGUGUUUAUCAAAAAUAGAAAUAUUGAAGAGAAAGGUCUUGAUGCCUGGAAUCCCAUGGUGGAAGACUAUGCGUCAAAAAUAUUUAACAGCUAUAGAGAACCAAGUAUUGAAGAUCUUAAGAAGGCUUUCCCAGGGUAAGUUUUUCAAAACUUUGCUCAUUCCUGGUGCAAUAUUUUUUUUGGUCUCACAUACAAAUUUUUCCCUGUAGUGGAUGGCAUUUUCAUUGAGUAAUUUUUAUUUUAAUGUUUAUUAGCAAAGUGUUGUAGAUAAGCUGGAUUGAUUUAAGAGUGCAAAGGGUAAAGGUCAAGAAUAGAUGUUACAGGUCAAAAUUAAAUUCAGGUUAAAAUUCUUUAACCUAGGUUGAUUCGCUAUUUCCUUUGUCUCUUAGCCUUAUUUAUUCAUGGUUUAGGGCUAGGAGACAAAGAAAAUUGAGAAUCAACCUAGGUUAAAAAAUUUUAAGCUGACUUCAUAGACACCUCCUUUUGCAUUUAGCAAAAGGUUAAACUUACAUGAUAUCAUCAUCACUGUUGGUGGACAAAGGGCAGGAAAAAUUAUCCUUGUAUUUCUCUGGCUAAAGUAUUUUAGUGUUUAGUAUUUCUCCACAAUUUCAACAAGAUAGCAAAUGAGAAUAAUAAAGAAUUGCAGAGAAAAAGGGCCAAAAUAGCACAACAGAUACUGUAUUUAUUCGAAUAAGCGCCCAGCCUCGAAUUAGUGCCAACCUCGCAUAAGCUCCCAUCCUAAAGGCAGAAAAAGUUAAUAAGCGCCCAGCCACAAGUAAGUGCCCACCCCUCCCCCUCCCACUCAAACUCAAAUAAGAGAUAAGAUACCCUCCUGCAGAUGGAGUUUUCUUUCAGAACAUUUUACAGAAACCUUGCUUUGUUAAAUCUUUGCAUUUUGUUAUUACCGUUUAUUGGUUUGUUGCAAAAUUAACAUACUACACUUGCUGAAAAUGGUGAAAAUUUAAUAAGCGCCCACCUCGAAUUAGCACCCACUCUCAAGGUCCAAAAAUUUAAUAAGCACCUAGGGCGGUUAAUGGCAUAAAUACGGUACUAAUACAAAAAGUUGAAAAGAUAAAAAAAUCUUAAUUUAGUGGCUACUACGUGACAUGAGGAGAAAAUUAUGGUGAUGCAUGAUAAUUAAGCUGAUUUUUGGUUUUUCCACAGAAUUGAAAAAACAUGAAGUUGCCUUUUGAUUGACUGAUUUUUCAGCAUAUUGAUUUUUCUGCAUUAAACCCCCCUAAACGGCAUUACAGAGCUGUUAGAUUUUAGCAAGCCUCUGGAAGUUGCAACAGACUUACUGUUGUCUCAUCUAAGGGUGGAUUGCCAUUGCGCAUAAUUUUUGCACGCAUACAUGCAUAAAGUUUACAUACAUAAAUAAUAUACAGAGUCGAUGUAUGAAAGGCCGUGCAUAUAUGUAAAAGUUAAGGGUUGUUCAACUUUUACAUUCAUGCAAGACCUUCCUUACAUUGCCUUUUUUAUUAUUGCAUGUACGCAUGUAAAAAUAUUACGUGACAGUGGAGAUCGACCUUAAGCCUUAAGUCAGACUAGGGGCUGUCAUUAAGGGCCGGUAGCCGGCCAAAACUGCUGGCUAGUUAGCCAUCCUUGGCCGGCUACUGUCACCUCCUUCUACCAUAACUGCGAACAAAAAAUAAGCACCAUCGAAUGAAAUUGUAAAGCAUCCAUUUCCCAGUUUUGAAUGACAAUGAAUGCAUAUUUAAACACGUUUAGAUCAGUGAAACAUUCAAACCGUGCGAUGUCGUGGAACACCUGGGACAUUUCAGCGGCAUUGUUCCCAGUCCUGCGUGUAUUAUGACCAAACAAUAUGGUGUCCGCAGUGAAAAAUAGUUCUUGAAACCCCUGGAAAUGCCAUUUCUGAAAGUCUAAAUAUCAAAAUGUACCUAGACGCCUCGGCCCUCAAGAACUUGUGCCUUUGUUGCGAGUUCCAAAGCUGCCUACUAUUGAUUAUCAGCCAGCUACUUAAAAAAUGUCUGACAGCCCUGCAGACUAUAUAGCCCCAUUUUCUAGUUUUAUUUAAUUCUUAAGGUGCUUUUGUGGUGUUGUUUAAUAGGGGACCAUCACAGCAGUCAAUAUAUUCUUCUUUUCAAAAUGAAGGAGAUGUCAGGUUAUUUGUUGGAAGGAUUCCACCUGAAAUGACUCAGGUACACUGAAUAUUUUAUUAAUUUUCUCCAAUACAGUGUUAGAAUAACUUAUAGUUUUGGUACCUAUGGAUGAUAUUCCAGGAAAGCAUGUACAGUGUAUGUGUAUCUGUGUGGAGCGAUUUUCCUACGGACCUACAACACACCUUUUCCCAUAAUAAUAGGCAAAUUGCAAUACAAGUGCCACGACACAAUACACAAUAGGAUACAUGAAUGUUUUUGCCAAGUUGUGGAAACCUCAAGAUUUGCUUUGUAAACAGGGACUGUACAGGUUUAUACAGCUGCAUUUUUUUCCGCCAUCUUGAAUAAGACAGGAAGCAUGAGAAGCAGUGUGGCUUGCUUUCAUAUAUUGCCUCACAAGGGCUAGAAAGGAAUGAUGCUCAAGACAGUGAUUUCACAAAUUUGUCAAUGUGCACAGGGUUCGAACAGAGUCAUGAAUUCUUGAAAAAGUCUUGAAAUUUGCCCAGCAAUUUUUCAGACCUGGAAAAAGUCUGGAAAAUAAAGCUAAAGUCUUGAAAAGAUGGUAAAAAGUCUUAAGUUUUUUCAAAGUAACAGUAACUGUUACAUGCACACUAAGUGCUUUACAAGUGAGAUGUUUUUUUUGUGCUGGUCAAAUCUUAUUCAUUCUCGCUUGUAUGUUUGCAGUGCAUCAUGGAAAAAGCUUUGUUCUUUCAUUCCUUCUCUAACCUUGAGUAUGGAAAAGGAAGUUAUUGUAUUGGAAAAGUCUGGAAAAAGUUUUGCAGUUUGGAUCCAAAAAUCUGUACGAACCCUGUGUUAACACAACCUGUAGCUUAUUUUAGUGACUGAUGAUAUUGCAAAAUUUUGUCAAAUAUUUUGUAAUGUGGGAAGAAGUGUCACAGCUCACAAAUGCAUCAGUGUAUCAUUGCACCGUUAUUUUGCUUGCUACAUUUUGCCCACUUUCUUCAUCUGUAUACUAGUAUCAUUGUCUCUCCCAGACUUUUCCAUCCAUUCCAUACUUCGUCAUUUACUCUGAGAUUGAAAGGAGUAAUGAAUUGUUAUGAAGAUCCAAAGAUAGGUUUUUCUUUAUCAAGUUUUCUCUACCAUUGCUUGUCUGUCGGGCAACCUACAUGAAAACUGUAACUAUACAUAUAUGCAAUCUCAAGGUUCAUACAGAGUCUUGAAAUUUGCCCAGCAAUUUUCCAGUCCUGGAAAAAAUAUUGGUAAAGUCUUGAGAGUGUUUUUUUGAAAGUUACAAGAGAAAUUUUUUUUUGUGCUGGCCAAAUCUUAUUCAAUCUCAUUUGUACGUUUGCAGCACAUCAUGGAAAUGCUUUUUUUUCUUCAUUUUAUAAAGGUCUCUAUUUAUCACCUAUUUGAUAAUCUUGAGUAUGGAAAAAGAAAUUAUUGUUUUGGAAAAAGUCUGGGAAAAGGUCUUGCAUUUUGGAUCCAAAAAUCUGUAUGAACCCUGUAAUCAGUGAAUGCAGUAAUUUUGUAUGCCUGUUUGUACCUGUGUCAUAACUGAAGACCACUUUUUUGUUUGAACUCCAGGAAGGAUUACAUAAUCUCUUCAGUCAGGUUGGAAAGCUGACAUUCUGUAGACUUGUUAAACAACAGCACAAAGAUAGCAAUAUUGGGUAAUUAAUUUAAUUAAAUAUAUGACUUGGUUCAAUUUUUUUUUCUUGUUUCAAAUUUUAUUCUCCUAUAAUGUUUCAACUAUAUUAUACACUAUCCUACCUAAAAACAGAGGGCAAUAUUGGACCAUAACAAGUAUUGUUCUUAUUUCCAUAAAAUCAGAUUCUCUCCUUAUUAUUACAUCUCAGACCAUUACUACGUAAACCAAAAUGUAUGCAUAAUAUGCACCUGGAAUUAUGUGCACGUGUUUAACCUGAUGUGCAUACGCAUCUGCUCUGAAAUUUGUCAGUGCUCAUUUUUUAUAUUUUACCCUCAGUAGUAUCUAUGAGGUAUACUUUGUAGCCAUAAUAAAAUUAAUUCAUGUACAAGGCAUAGCAGGGUGUUUUAAAAGAAGUGUCCUAAAAGAUUGUUGUUUAGUCUGCAUAUUAAAGCAUGACUACUGCAUUUUGGAAGAAAUUUUUCAUGGAGUUGCUUCUCGGAUUCUAACCAAAGUUGCAAUAAUUAUUUGCUGUAGAUUUGUAGGCUUUGAGACUAUACGUAAAGCCGAGACAGCUAUACAGAAGUUUGAUGGCUUUGAUCUGGGGCAGGGAGUCAGGCUCAAGGUGGCGCUUGCACAAACAAGACAGAAGCCUACCCUUGCAGACCUUGAUGAACUGGAGCCUAAAGUGAAUGGUGUUACAUGUAAUGGUGUACAGGACAGUGAUGAUAAGGGACCAUCUGAAAGGUAUGCAGUAUCCCAAAUCUAAACUAUUUCAGGUGUUGUCAAUAGGGCAUUUGCAGAACGCUGCAAGUUCAAUACAACUGCAAGGAGCCUUUGUAGUCUGAUUUUUAAACAAAGUCUGUAGGAGUGUGGUGUAAGGAAAUCCCUGGGAGGUUUGAUGAAGGGAAAAAAUUUAUAAUCCACCUAUCCCAUCGACCUCUCCAGACCACCGGAGAGUUGAUCCGGCAGGAUUAUGAACCCACACGACCUCCUGCUCAGCAGACUUGUGCUCUCCCAACUGAGCUAACGAGGCAGUGGUUAGCUCAAUUGCUUCCUUAGCUACAGAAAACACUAAUCAGGCUUAUUAACUGCUCGGGCCAUCUUUUUAGUUAACCGCACAGUUCUUCAAAGUUAUCUUAGGACAUUGCCAUUCUUGGUCUCCUUGUUACUCAGAAAAUUAAGAGACUGCUUUGAGUCUAGUAAGCUCAAUACCCCAUUUAAAAGCGAAAGAAAUUCAAAAUUAGCUGUAUCUUUUUCUGACUUUGUUUCACCUCCGUUUUGUUCCUGAAAAGUAUGUUUAAUGUUGUAAUCGAAGUAGUUGGUGAAAUGAAGUGGCUGGGUUUUAUGAAAGAAGGCGAACAUUGCAUUACAUACAUGCAUACAUACAUAUACUUUAUUUAACCUCGAAUUUAAUGUAGCUAAAGAUAAGCUAGUAUCUUCAUGGGCCUCUAUAAGUUGAUGACGAUGUGGGAAGCGUUGAAAUACAUGUACUGUACGUUUCAAGAACUGAAAGUUGCAAUCCUGUUAUUUGCUCCACUUACUUACCAGAAAAUUGGAUAAUGUGGGAAAAUGUUUCUAUUUACCCCAUAUAAUAGCUGCUUUUUAAACCACUCAGUUUGCCCUUAAAUGCUUAAGAUCUACAUAGUGAAGACUACUUUUUGAUAAUGAAUGUUCUUAAAAUAAUCAAUACCAGCAACAGCAUGGGUCUUUUUUAUCAAAGGAGAAAACAUACAACAUGAGACUUGAAUGUUUCAGCAAAGCCUUUUUUGCCCAUAUCCAUGACAGAUUCCAGUUACUUGGUAUGGUCAGAGUGUGGCUGUGAGACUUUCCAUAAUACUUAGAUUGUCCAUUUGCGUUCUUGCAGCACAGAUGAACGAAGCAUUCAGGAUACAUUACUUUCUUCUGCCAAGUCUACUGUAACAGUUUCAGGUACUGGAUAAGUAGCAUCUAUGUACUGUGUGGAUGAAAAAUGAAAAAUAGCUGCCUUGUGGUCGUACCGUAUUUAUUCGAAUAAGCGCCAAAAAUAUCCUAAAGGCAGAAAAAGAUAAUAAGCUCCCAGCCUCGAAUAAGCUCCUCCCCCAAUCAAACUCAAAUAAGCACUCACUCCCACCCCACCCAAUUAAGUGUCUUUUUACAGAAACCUUGUUUGUUACUUCUUCGCUUUUGUUAACUGAGCUUCUCAAAUAAGCGCCAAAGAGCUGUUGUCUUUGUGAGUUCAUUGCUGCACAAAGCUUCUGAAAAAGGCAUAUUUAAAACUAAACCUACAAGUUGUACAGGCUUAAUCAUAAGACUUAGCCAAGGCCAUGCUCCAUUUAAUUAAAGGAGUAGUUGACAAAUAUGUUAUUACCAACAUCCAUUACUAAAAAAAGUUGAAGAGGUUGUCUAACAUCUCAAGGCAUUCAAUUUGCUCUACGGAAAGAAAGUUUCUACACGUUUGUACAGCUGUAGGUUGGUAUUCGUGUGGUUCCCAAAAAUAGUUUUAAAUUACAUGUUUUGGAUCAGCUUUUGGAUAAAAUGAGAGAUAUUAAAUGGCUUUUCAGACCAGUAUCAAGUAAACCAUAGGAACCACAAGUAUGGAGGCCGAGGUGAAAUUAUUUCAGCCCGAGUUCGCACCUUUUUCUCUCAACUGUAUCAUUUUCUGGCCAGGUCAGCUUUGCUAAAUUGUUUUUUUUUCCUUUCUUUUUCUUAAGGAAAACCAUGCAGUUUCUGCGGCCAACUAGGGCAUAAGUGGUGCUCUGUGUGUAAAAUCCCAUACUGCAGUCGAGAAUGUCAAAAGAAUGAUUGGCCAAAGCAUAAGCUUGUUUGUCCACGAAAAUCAGCAGCUGAGAGCAAAACAUCUAAACCAGAGACUUGCCAGGAGUUCGAAACGUCCCUCCCCACCUCCCCUGCGAACACACUGCAACCAAUUACACACAUCCAAGACCAGAAAGAUUCCCCACUUGUACUUGCUGGGGACCCUGUGCAACCAUCCACACACACUCAGGAGCAUACAGAUUCCCCAAAAGUAACCCCUGGCGAUUCUGUGCAUAUACUUGAAGCAGGUGUAGCCAAUUCUAACUUGGGGGAUCUUGACGCAAAGGCCAGCUCGGAUUCAGAGGAUGAAAUGGAUCCCAUGAAAAUAGAUGGCUUUCAUGUAACAAAUCCUGAAUUUUUUGCCAAGGCGUUAGGUUUUGACAUCAGCCAGAUGCAGUUUGGCGAAAAGAAACAAAGUGAAGAUUCGGAUGAUACUGACAAGUCAUCUUCGUGUUCUUUAGAUAACAGUAAGCCUCAAGACAUUUCACCCAAGGUUCCUAUACCACCAAGCGAGGGACCCAGCCAGCAGCCACUUCCUACACAACAAAGUUGCAACUCUGCCCCGGGGAUGGAUCAACUCAGGCCUGCAGAAGCUGCAACAUGUUCCAAUGGACUUAGACGCUUCUUCAUCAAGCAACUUUCCAUGGAAAGUGUGUCGGAAAGUUUGUUUGAAGUGGCUGUUACAGAAGUCGAAAACCCUAGCUGUGUGUGGGCACAGCUGUGUACCCCUGAAGCGUUAGAGAGGCAGGAUCAACUGAAAAAGAAACUUCAAGCCUCCUAUUGUAACUCCGUCUACGAAAACUAUGUUCCAACUGGUGGUGAAGUUUGUGUGACGCAGUUUAGUUUUGACAGUUGUUGGUACCGAGCAAAGGUUGACAUUGUUAACAAUACAGGUACUUUGAGGGUGACAUACAUAGAUUUUGGAAAUCACGAGGACAUCACAGUAGAUAAAGUGCGUCGUAUAACUGAAGAUCUCGCAAUGAUUCCGAGACAAGCUCUAAAGCUCUCACUCAAUGGAAUAACAAGUACUGACGUAUCUGGAAGUUGGUCAUCAGAAGCCACUGCUUUUGUCAAGAGUAAAGUUCUGGGCAUGAAUUGCAAAGUACAGGUCUGUGGACGUUACAAUGAGAUAUUGUUUGUAAAGUUAUUUGACCCUAAGGAAACGAACUCUGACACCGCAAUCAACGAUAGUUUAAUGGAAGCUGGAUUUGCCAAGAGAAGAGAAAGAAUCCCUUCUUCACCAAGUAACCAUAAGCCCUUAAAUGUACCCCAACAGUAUGAAAAUAAGUCAGGUGCACCAAGUAACAUGCAACGUCAACAUAAUGGCCCCAAACCCGUUUUCAAUAACGGUCAGAGACGAUCAUUUCAGCAGUCAAACAAUUUAUAUGAGUCACAAAAUGCAACGCAUCAACUCAGAUCACCUCCUCGUCAAUCAGACCACAAUAGGAUUCCUAAGGAGCGUCAAGAUUCUUCAAUGAACUCCACCGGUCAAAGUGCAAGGAAAUCACCGUUUGAAAUUGUCGUCAAUGCUGUUGUCAGUCCCUGGGAAUUCUAUGCACAAAAAACGGAUUUUCAGCUCCUAGAUCAGUUAAAUGUAUUGAUGAGAGAUUUAAACCAGCAAAUGACUACGACUUCUUAUACGCCAGAGAGUACGGCAUCUUUACGUCCCGGGCAGAUGUGUGCUGCUAGAUUCUCGAUGGACAAUCAGUGGUAUCGAGCUGUAAUUUUGGAGAAGAACCCUGGUAGUUUUAGAAUUCGGUAUGCAGAUUUUGGCAACAGUGAGGUGGUGGGAGAAGGUGUUAUACGACCAUUGCCUCAGCAGUUCCAAGGCUUUCCUCCUUUGUCUCUCCAAUGUUCACUUGCGGGUGUCAAGAAACCUAAAGGACAAGAUUGGAGUCCCGAUGCAAUACGACAGUUCAAGACUCUUGUGGCUAAUAAGCAAUAUAUGUGCAGGAUUGUUCAUACUCAUGGUGUUGUCAAUAUUGUUGAACUUCUUGAUCCUCAGCAGAACUGGAAUCAGACCGUGGCCAACUCGCUGAUAACGUCAGGUACGGAAGCUUCACCUCUCAACUUAGUACGUUAAUCGUUAAUUGCAAUUUGAUGGAACACGGACUCUACUAUUCAUCGGGUGAUAUUUUGAAAAGUUAUCUCACAGGCUAACGCAGCAACUAAAUUUUAGCUUGUAUCGUUUUUGAACACAAAUCGCAGGAAAAAAUUCCUAGACAUAGGUUUAAGUGAAUAAAACUUUCAAUAAGUUCCCAACGAAAUAAAAAGGCCUUAUUACCGUUACCUGAAAACACUUGUUGCGCGUUAGGGCGUGGGUUUCUACAACGGGUUAAGGCGCAAGUAUUGAAUUACAUUGGUUAGCGUUUUGUGUUAGAUUCCUUGUCUAGUCAUCAAAGGAUGUUCAUAGUGCUGUUUUCAAGUAAUUUCUGUGAAACUCGGAAAACCCUGAACACCUGAAAUAUUUAAGGAGUGAUGUGUUGAUUUUCAAGUGACCAGUCACAAUAAAGAUCAGGUUACAUUAGCAAACCUCAGAAUCAGUAACUAAUUACCGCUGAUGUUUGCGGUUUAGUUUACUCACCCUCGAUUGGCUUUUCCUUGCUACACAAUAACGUUCCAUAGAUAUUUCUGGUGCUCACUGUCUUCUCAAUGUCACAGUAAGGGAGAUCUUGGCACAGUGAUAAAACAUUUCUUCCCAUAUUUUCACGCGUAAGAUACUUAUUUUUGAUGACGUAACGGGAAUUUAGGUUUAUUUGUCUUUGUAGGUUGUAUUUCUUUCGUGUCCUGUAAUGUCACAAUGGGUGAGUUCGCUAUAAUAUUCACUAAUUUUCACUGCGUAGUGAAAAGUUCACCUAUUGACUAUUGUUUGUAUUUUUUUCACAGGACUAGCAGAUGCAUUCAUUCGUAAAGAUGGAACUAAACAUCAGCUGGAUGGCAAAAGAGGAACGGAAAUCCCGGAGCCACAGCGGCAAGGAGCCCCAGGUGCCCCUGUGUUAAAUAGCCCACGUGAUGAACAACCAAGGAAGUCUCCUUUAAAUUCGGUAAGCUCUGCCAGUUCGAAUGAUGGUGCAGCUCCAAGGAGUCAAAUAGAAUCUGCUGUUUUUGAGCCCGCUGUCCAAGCAGCUGCAUCGCCACAAGACGGAAGAUUCGAUGUUUUGAUUACAGAGGUGGUGUCUCCAGAGCUCAUUUAUUGUCAGAAUGCAAGUGUGGAGUCUGUUACUAAGAAUGCCAGGUUGAUACAAGAUAUGAAUGAACAUUACAGUGCUGUAAGUUACGCUCCAUUUGUUGCACACGAGAAUGUUUUCUGUGCUGCACACUUUAGUCAGAGUGGAGAUUGGUGUCGAGCCUUUAUCAAGGGAACGUCUCCAGAUGGAUCAGCAUAUGUGCAUUACGUCGAUUACGGAAACACUGAAUUUGUUUCACCCGAUCGGUUGCGACCUCUCCUUGAUCAGUUUAACUUCAAUGCUGUUCCAUUUGCUGCGCUCAGAUGUUCUUUAGCGAACGUGACUCCUCCAGGUUCAGCAGGGUGGUCUGAUGAAAGUAUGGCAUUUGUGAAAACUCACCUACCAGAAAACAGUCGCUGUAGUGCUCGCAUAGUUGGGCGACGAAGAGGAAGACUCUUUGUGGACGUAACACUAAGUGGAACGGGCGACAGUGUCGGCAAAGAGUUGGUCAAACAAGGUUUGGCAAAGACUCUGGGUAGAGGAGACAACCGUAAUCAACAAAGCACAGAUAACUUAUCCAGGCAUCAAAUCACCGUUAAUCCCGUUACAUCACCACCGAGAGAUCGUCCAGAAAGACACAGUCUCGACCUGCUUGAAUCGUUUGUGUAUCAGCCUGCAAUCCAGUCAGCAUCACUGCCACAAGACGAAUCGUACUUUGAUGUGAUGGUCACGGAGGUAACGUCUUUCGGUAUUUUCUUCGUGCAAGUUUUGGAUCGUGAUCUAGCUCAGAAGUUAAAGAAUCUGUCAGAGCAUAUGAACAUGUUCUAUGGUCCCUCAGUACCAACUUCUUACCAACCUCAGCCGAAGCAGCUGUGCGCAGCCCUGUACAGUGAAAGUGGUGACUGGUGCCGUGCAUUUAUUAAAGGCAUCGCUCCUGACAAUCUGGUGGACGUGCAUUAUGUUGACUUCGGGAACACUGAACAGUUGCCUCUGUCAAGCAUCAGGCCACUGGAAGAGCAGUUCACUUCGGCUCCAUUUUUCGCGUUGCCGUGUUCUUUAGCAAAUAUUGCGAAACCCGACCCUCCUGGCUGGUCAGUUCAGGCAAUGGAACUGAUUAAAAAAAAUGUUUUAGUCGAUCGCGUUGCCAUUAAAGUGUUGGAUAAACACCCUGGCAUGCUGUUUGUGGACUUCAUUAUGUCAAGGGAUUCGCCCCUGUCUUUGAGCCAAUUGUUGCUGAAUGAAGGCUCGGCUCAGAGUUUAGGAAGAAGUGACCCUCGCAUGGAUCACCAAAGACAGCAUUCUCAACAUUCGGCGCCGGCAAGUCGGCAUUCAACUAGCAGCACAUCAUCUCGAAAACCAGAUGGAAAUCUUGAGUCACGUGUGUUUAACCCAGCUAUCCAGUCAAUUGCAGUUUCGGAUUCAUUUGACGCCAUGAUUACACACGUGUCCUCACCGAGCUCUAUUUUUGUCCAGGUUCUAAGUCAUGACAUGGUACAAAUGAUGACACAGCUCUCAGCGGAUCUGAACGCUCACUACAAUGCUGUAAGUUAUCCACAUAUUCAAGCCAAAGCAAACCGAAUGUGUGCAGGAUUUUUUUCCGAAAGUGGAGACUGGUGUAGAGGCUUUAUUGACCUCGUUAAUCCAGAUCACUCCGUGCAUGUUCACUACCUUGAUUAUGGCAACAGUGAAGUUCUUCCCUUUACUCACGUGCGCCCUCUAGAAAAGCAAUUCCUCCAGGUUCCUCCUAUGGCCCUAAAGUGUUCUUUGUCGGGAAUUUUGCCUGCUCAUCCUAAUGGCUGGUCUGUCGAUGCCCAAGAAGCUAUACUAUCACAAGCACCGCAAAAUAGUCGCGUUCAUGCCCGAGUAGUUAAAAAGGAAAGGGGACUUCUAUUUGUUGACGUGUCCUUGCCGCAGUCGCAGGAGUCGUUGGGCCAAUUUCUCAUUAGACAGGGACUAGCAAGACCCAACCUGCCGUUUGAUGGAAGUUAUUCAGGAAACCAAGGUGAUCAGCCAUUGCAUUCAGCCCCAGCAGAUCCCACCGAUGACACGCGCGUUUACGCCUCAGCUGUACGCUUGGCUGAUGUUCCGCAUGGCACGUCGUGUAAAGUCCUUAUCAGUGAAUUUCAUCGGCCAGACAAGAUGUAUUUUCAAGUCUUGAAUGAAGAGAACGUCGAAGGUCUUGUGGAAUUAUGGGAAAAGUUAGCUGUCCAUUGCUCUACCAUUGACACCACUCCCUACAAACCCGUUAAGGGAGAACUGUGUUGUGCUCAGUUCAGUAAGGACCAAGGGUGGUACCGUGCCGUUGUUCAGGAAGAAGUCUCGGAGUCCAAAAUGAUGGUAGUGUUUGUUGAUUAUGGGAACGAAGACGUUGUCGCAGUUGAUUUUAUCAGAAAAAUCAUACCUUCAUUUACUCAUCUUCCCAUCCAAGCCAGGGAAUGCUUUCUGUCAGGGGUCCAGCCAACGUCAGGCUCUAAUUGGUCGACUGAUGUUGUCAACUUCUUGAAAGAACGUCUUACAUCUCAGCCAGAGCCUCAACCUUUCUUCAUAAUUGUUGAUAGCACAGAAAGAGACGGUUUUUCAUUUGGCGUUCAGUUGUUUGAAACCGACCCCAGUGAGCAACAAGGGAUCUCCAUCAACCAAGAGAUGAUUCAACGCAAUUUUGCCAAAUCAUUUGACAACGCAACGGCUCAGUGGACUGGCCCAGGCAUAGAUCAAUUCGACGUUGUUGUGACAGACGUGAUUCAUCCUGGAGAAAUUUGGGGUCAAGUUCUAGAUGCAGAGGCUCGCACUUCACUUAAUGUUCUCAUGGAUCAGAUCAACGAGUAUUGUAUGACUGCGUCUGUGCCCACCUCAGCCCCACAACCUGGCCAGGAAUGCUGUGCACAGUUUAGCCAAGAUGGCAGAUGGUACAGGGCACGUGUGUUAGAAUGUCCAUCACCGGGACAAGUUGGUGUUCAAUAUGUGGACUUCGGCAAUAGUGAACUAUUAUCGACUGACAGGAUACGGCCCAUGAAAGAUGAGUUCUCUCGACUUCCGGCGCAAGCCCUCAAGCUCAGCUUAGCGAAUAUUCGCCCUAUUCAUCAAGUAUGGAACCAAGAGGCAGUAAGGUGGCUGGGGUAUAUAUUAAAUCGAGAGCUAAAGGCCAGAGUUGUUCAUCGCUUGUCAGAUUAUUUGGUUGUAACACUUACCGAUGGUGCCGUCGAUAUCGGUGAGGAGUUGGUGCGUCAAGGUUACGCUGUUAAAUCGUGA